AUGCUUUAAUUUUAAAGUUGUGUGAAUAAUAUUAUUCUAAAGUAAGCCUACGAGGAAAUUAAUGAAACAGCGGAUCUGCCUCAAGUUUUGAAGCAUUCCUCUUUAACUCCUAUGCCAAUAGAAAUGACAGCAUCCUUAUUAAGAAUUAAGUAAUAAUUGCUUAAAGAAAAUGAAAAUGAAUCAUAGAGAUAAAUAUUAUUAAAAGCAGGCUCAUUAGAAAUAAUUAGAUUUAUAAGUUAAUUAGCAGAUAUGUAUACAACAUAAUCUAAAGAUAAAAAUAAGUCUGUAAAUCAGAUAUUGAAAUAAGAAAAUUUAGGAUUAGAAUUGUAUUUUCUAUAAUUAUCUUUAGUUCUGAUAUUUUAUCUGAAAUGAGACAUGCAUUAACUCAUAAAGAUAUCCCAGAUAAGAAAUUAAUUAUUUCUACAAUCAAUUAUAUUAUUAGCUAUUUAGAGAAGAAUUAUUGGAACAUAAAAUUGAAAGAGUAAUCCCCAAUAUUACAAAUACGAGCCAAUAUAAAGCACUUUUUGGAUUCAUUAAAUGAGGAGGAUUAUAUUGCUUAAUUUGAGAUAUAUGAUUAAUAUUCUUUGCAAUAAUAAUAGAUCAUAGUAAUAUUUUGCUUGGAUUAUUUGAUAGGUUUAUCAGAUUUUCAUGUUGUUCAUAAGGUAAUUAUACUUUUUUAUGUAGAGUACUGAAUAAAGACUUCAAGAUAGAAGAGUUGGAGAUUAGAGAAUCAAAAUAAUUUCCAAAUUCAUAAUCUCUCUAAUUCAAUUCCUUUAUAAUAAUAAGAAUACUAAUCAUGUCAAAAGACAACUUGCCAGAAGAUCAUAUAUUUGCAAUGAUGAAGCAUUUUUGAAGCUUUAUAAUAAACUUAAUGUGAUUGGAUAUAUUAAGUCAAAUAUUAGAGAAUUCAUUAAGACUUUAGAGCAAGAAUUGCCAGAACUAUAGUCAAAAAAAAUUCAUUAAUCAUUAGAAUUAAACCAAAAAGUUGAAAAUAUAGAUGAAGUAAUCGAAUAGAGGGUGAAAAAGCCAAAAUUAAUUGGAUCUUUAUAUUGUGACUACGUAAAUAAUAUAAACAAUUAAGAUGAUUUAUGAUAUGCC